GAUGGCUUUCUCAUAAGCGCCACUCUCGUUGUUUCUACGAUAAACGAUGAACGAACCCUCUGCGGAAACGCGACCGGCGGUGAAGGCUGAAACAUCUUCUCCGGAUUUGUUGGGGAGAGCAUUGAACAGUUGGACUGCGCGGUUGGCCGGCAAUUGGGGUGCACCCAACAGCUUGGCCGAAUAGUAUAUAAUUGCAAUGCAAACCACGACUAUGAUGAUAGCCCAUAUAUCGACCCGUAUCAUGACAAGCGACAAAAAGCAAAUAAUUUGAUGCGAAUAUUGCGUGUAUCAGAAUGCUAGGGAUAGGGUUCUUAUCUUGUCUGUUUUUGUACGUUCUUUUGGCAUUUUUGAUUAAACCAUUCAAUAGCGGCAAAGCUCCGACUCUCGAACCAAGAAAGUUAUGGAUCUUCUUGCGAAAUGGAGAGAAAGCCAGUCACGCAACCGCAAACGUAGGCGGGGCGAUUAGUGACCUACGCUUGGUGAAUAGCUCCUUGAGCACCGUAGACGGUGCAUUUCGCGCACUUCCCUACAUCGAUACUUUGGGCGUGGUGACUGUAAAUGGGGUCCCCACUCGAUCUGUAGAACGUGAAAUACGUCGUGGUAACUUAAGAAAUGCCUUAUCAGGCAUGCGUGUGAGCAACACGCUAAGCGCGGCCCAAGAGUCGAGCUUCAAAUCUCUGAUUCGCAACCAAACCCCCGAUAUUUUCGUAGACUCGAUACAAACGCGCGCGAGCAGCGCUCGCACAGCAAAUCCAGAUGUGGCGAUACCGGCCAGAACCACCGGAGCGGAACUGGAAGCAUCCUUGACGCCGGCGGGCAAGGCAAAAGUUGAGAACGCUUGGACCAAAAUAGUCGAAGCAUCCAAAGGUGCAGUGGUCACCGGAGUAUUUGUAGGCUUUGGCGUGGUGGUCGCGGCGACAUUGUGGGACCAACUGAAUGCUGCCACAAAGUCAAGAAACGGAUGCUAUCUAGUCCAAACGGUUAAUAACAAAACCACAGCAUGUAAAAUUACCGGCAGAUCGUGCGGUAGUACGGAUCUGUCCACCGGCGUAACCGCGUGCGCGUCUGCAAUCUUAGGCACGCUUGGCUAUAACGCGUAUUUGGCCGGUAGGCAAUCUUUGACUAACACGGCGCUCGCGACGCGAAUCACAACCGAAGUCGGUGUGACUCUAACAGAUUCAAACACGAAUCCACUAUCCUUGACCGGACAACAAUUGAGCGACCUAAAUUCCUUGGCCAACUCCUUGACCGCCUCCGAUUUUUCUACGGACCUUUGUACGUUGGCAAAUAAAACAUCGGGGUGCGUGGGUUGCGACCCCUCCGCCGGACUGGGCACACCGGAAUAUUGUGCGGCCGAGGGCCUCGCGGCAAAUUAUACCAUUCAAUGUGUUACAAACUCCACCAUCGCCGACACCUUGGUCGAGGCUGCCACGGCAGCCGGCACAUCUGUCCUAGAUUCGAUAACGGGAAGCUUAUCUGGAGCUUCGGGCGGUUCCGGAUCUAUCAGAACCAUAGCCAUUUGGGCUGCGGUGAUAAUAGUGGUCGCGAUCGUAUUGGCCGUCGUCUUAAGAUUGGUACAAAGUUCGCGAAGUCGUAGUGUCCAAGCCGCACAAGGUGGGGGAAGCGUUUUUACUUAAUAUUAUUAAGGAACCUGCGUGUAUUUAGAUACAAGAUGCAGGCAGAUCAUACCGUACCCAUCCCAAUCUACAUACUGGGAUUGCCGAAACCGGAAUUGGGUGCAGUCAUCAAGCAUUUGAUUCUACUCGAUGCGGCAAGGCGUGGCUACAGCUCAUUGUAUAAUUUAGAUUGGAAACUACACAUCGGUAUAUACUCUGCCGUGCGAUACAGAUUCACUUUUAAUUUUGUACAAGAAACGGAUAUUGCUAUUUUGGUGCCAAAUCUUAACGCCUUGAAAGUGGUGCAACCAGACGACGAAACACAUCAUCCGCCACCGGCCAAGAAACCACUUUUAUUUUUCGGCCCCGAUGGAUACGGCCAUCCAGAACUUCGAGAAGAAGAAGACCGAGACGGUGAAGAAAAAUAACACUAACUUGGAGCGAAUGCAAACUCUUCAACGGUGGUACGAUCGACUGGUCGCGGGGCCUGGGAGCAACUUUCCAACAUCUUGCCGCGAAUUGACUUGGGCAAUGUCGUAUCAUUCCGAUUCCUGGUUCAAUUGGCAACCGACGAGUGCGGGUCUCGGGGAAUGUGGAAAUGUGUCUGCUGUUCGUGUAUUGAUGUCGUCCAAAAAUAAUCUGGAGAACGCCGAUGUUCAUCCACUCGGCGUACAUUGCAGCGUGAGGCUUCAAAGCGAAAAAUCGCAAGCUGUUUUGAAUGUCAAACGUCUACGAACCAAGGAAGAAACGUUUGACGUACCAUUCACGCCGCAACUUCAAGCUGAUAUUUUAUAUUCGAAAGCAAAAGAUCCAAAGUGGGUUCGAAUAGUGUCGAAAAAAAAGAGGGACGACCGAAUCGUGAGCGGUAUGAGACUGGUGUCCGAUGUGGCUGCACAUGUUUGGUUAUCGGAAAGCAUCGUUGAGGUGUACGUGAAGAAUCCCAAAUGGCGAAGUAUACUUCAUCAUUUGCAAAACGACGAUCAUGUGGAAAGAAUUGUUUUUUGUUCGGAUUGUAAAGAAAUCAAAAAGAUUUGCGACAAACCCACCAGCUUUUCUAACAUCUUGGCCUUCUAUUUCUGCUACAUGCAGAACACGAACGAUUUGUCCAUAGAGACAAAGACCGACGCUCAAAGCUUGGUGGUGUACGUUACAUUAGCGACCCUCUUGAUGAACGUCGACAAUUUGAAGCGACGGGGGAAUUGGACAACGCCAAUCGAGGCGUUGAGCGGCGCAGAUCCGCAACGCACCCUCAGGCGAAUGGCGGACGAUUUGGAACCAGCCACCGAUUACGACAGGCGUCUGAGCUUCGAAGCCGAGGGCAUAUGCUGUCCCAUCGACGAACAUUUGCAUCAAAAAUUUUCUGGACUAAAGCGACGACACGUUUACUCGCUGGACAACGAGAGGGAUGUCAGAGUAAUCAUGCAGCGCAGCUUGGUUGGAGGAUUCGGUCCUCACGAGGUUGUAGUUGAUGGAUUUAGUUUAAGUUGAUUGUAUUGGGUUUAAAUAAAAAUUGAUUUAUCUCUAUUGGCAAACGUUAUUUUCCCAUCCUUGAGGCAAACGCACAGACCACAGCAGAUUGUGGGUACAAAACUAGUAUAUUUUACGCACGAGUCACAAUCGAGGUGAUAACUUUUUGAUAUGUUUACUGGAUAUCUAAUUUUAACACCUCCACAUCCCAUGUAAUUCACCAAAUAUGGUUCAUCAAACAAUAAAUUUAUAGUUAAAUCAUCUUUAGAUUCAGGAUCCAGUAGUCUGAUGGGUAAAAGAGAUAUUUUUUGCCCACCAUGGGAUUUAAACCAUUGUGAUAUCGAAUCCCCAGAAAUGUUGUCGAAUUCUCCUUCAAUGCAAUAGUAUGCAUUUCUUCCGUUCCAUUCGGUGCACGAUAUUACUACUGAUUCCUGGGCAAGUGCGGCAAAUAGCAUCAUUGCCGUGGUCGCAGCUGCCGUAAUGGUGAAUAAAUGCAUGAUCGUAGUUUACUUUCGAGUUAAUAAUUUCACGUCCUGUAAUAAUGUAUAUUUAUGAAAUAUCAUCGGGUGUGUUGUCUAUUUGCUUGAUUUUUUUCGUCACACCAACCAUAUCCGGCUUAUAGCGACGUUUACGCUUUUUCCCAAAUUGAAUUUCUGGUACAACAUUUUUCGUGCCAGCAUCAACGUCAGACACACGUUCUUUAUCCCCAUCCGGAACCCCUCUUUCCAUUUCAUCUUCCAGAUCAGAAAAUGCCGAAAUGGACGAGGAUGAUGAUUCUUCAUCCGAGGGUUUGCGUUCGGGUUCUCCCUCACUUACGACUGCCUCAUCAGCAGCAUUUUUGAUUUUCAGAAGGGAAUAAGGAUCUACUACUGGCAAAUCUUCCCAUUUCUUAGUCUUCAAAAGAUCACGUAAUGUCUCUUCGGAGGGGGGGGGUGUAGGUGUUUUCAACUUGGGCCAGAGUUAUUUCGUUUGGUUGUUCGGGUUCAAAGGCAACGAUUGAGGGUGGGUCCGCUGAAGGUGGGACAGAGUCGGAGAUCUGUUGUUGUUGCGGAUUUAAUGACGAAUAAUCGAUUUCAAAUUCAGAUUCUUUCUUACUCUCUUCCACUGAUGUGGCCAGAGCACCUAUAGAAUCGCUAAACAACUGCAUCAGCAUGUUCAUUCCCACAGUCACCCACAAAUUUGCGGGUUUUUUACUUUUAUUUUUCGACGAAUUAAGAAUUGCCAUGUACUCACUUUCGGAAACUUGCGUGUCGAUAUUUUCGGGCUUCAGGUAGUCUAAUACUGGGAAUUGUUUAAUGAAUUUUCCUUUGGCCAUUUUCAAGGAACCCUUCACGAUGUUUUUACCAAUGCGUAUCAAGGUGACUGUUGGUGCGGCAGCUGUAGAAACUUGAUGAAAAUUAAUUACUUCAUUUAUGUCAACUUUACUUUUAUUUUUCAAGAAAGACAUAGCGUACUUGUCACGUUUUACAUAAGCUAUCAUUAAUUCUCGGAUGUAGGCAUCAGUCACAUCGUCAGGUAUAAUGUCGGGAUGGCCGGUGUCGUGGGGUGUGACAAUAUUGUCUGCCAUUUUGUGUAUAGUGUUAAUAAUUAUGAUAUCUCUACCACGCGUCGAUCUCACUUCAUACACGGCCUACGUAUCCAAAUUAGAUGCGGCAUUGGCAGAUGAAGAGCUAUCCAAACUGAUAAAUGCGAAUGCGUUACAAAAUCUACCCUCUGUAACUCUGGAAACUAACAAUGCCGACGUUCAAAAUGUCCAAAAAUGCCAAGACUCUGCGGUGUGGCUGGCGCAAGAAUAUACUCCUGCUCUAGAAUUAACCUGUAAGACUGCUUGUGGGUCAAAUGGUACGGUCGUACAAAUCAGCGAUGCCGACGAAUAUUAUCACAGAGGAACUAGACUCACCUCGGGAGUUUGGUGCAUAAUAAAUCCACCAAAUUGUAACCUUAGGACUACCUACGUGGUAGCAACACUCUCGGGAACCACGUGUCGUACAAAGUAUCCUAAUUUAUUUGGUGGAUCGACGGGUGAUAGGAUUGUUGCAUGUUCCGAUGCUGCAUACGAUACAGGCGGGGUAUUAUGGGAUUAUAAUCGAAACGAAGCGGUAGACCCUAGUACUGUGGAGAUGACUAACGAGGAUGAAUUACUUGCAGAUGGUCAGUACCGAUUCAGAUGCAAAUUUGGAGACGAUCAAGAUGGAAAUGCGUGGUUGCCACACCCACUGAAUAGGUUUCAUCCAUUACGGGAUCCUUGCACGAACACAAUCUACAGAGCUCAUCGUACAGUGGGUGCAAAUGUCAGCGCUACCGGAUGGAGUUGUGAUUGCGGCGAUUCCGCUGUUACGCGCGUCAAAAAUUUAAACUCUUCGGAUGUGAAAAGUACUUGUACGAGUUGCUUUCGCGAGACGCUAGAAGGAAAGAGUCAACAACCUUACGAUUGCUUUACUGUUAACUCGGAUUAUUUGGCCAUCAACAAUCUUCCCCCUUGCUUGGGAACGGCUUUGACUAAUUUUGGAAAUAAAUGUGGUACUGUUUCAUUGGAUUUAAAUACCAUAGGAUCUACCCAAGAUGAGUAUCUUGGGCCGACGAACCUGGCCUCGGGCGCUUUGGGUAAUCGAUUCGCUAUAGCACAUAAAAAAUUGCUUUAAUGUUAUUUUUUU